GAGCCAAGAAUAGAGCAGCCAGAAAGGUCUGCACUGCUCAAAGAUCGAAGGGUGAUGAAAAGGAGUUUUCGCUAAAGGAUUUUGGAGGUUUUUUUUUUUCCAAAUUGUUUUUAUUUUAGUUUGACUGAGCAGCAUGUAGGAGCAAAGGAUAAAGUUUAUGGACUAAAGUGACAUGUCUGGCUGGGUCUGUGUAUCCUUAAAUGGAAAUGUACAUUUAAGAGCAUUUUUCAUGUCUAAGUGUAAAAUCUGAUCAAAUUGUUACCAGAUAGCAGUAAAAUGGAUGUUCUUAGAAAGUAUUUGAUCAUAUUUAUUGGGUGGAUCAUGACGUGGUUGAAAGGCCUGUUUAGACAACUUUUGGGUGCUUUACCUGCACUAGACAACAGCCUAGCAUCCACAAGUCUCACAGGUAGAGGGCCUCGUCAAUGCGCCUCAGUGGAGUGGAAAACCAACGAGGCACUCCGCACAUAUCACCUGGGAGAUGCAAAUGAAACAAAGGUUACAGUUCAAACAAGCACACAUACUUUCUAUGUGGACCUUCAAAGACUUUCAGAGUCCAGCGAGUACUUUCGAGCCGUGUCCCAGUCUAGAAUGAAGGAGACUACAGAGCGACUCAUUCACCUGGAGCAUGUGCCCUCCUCUGUUUUUCACAAUUUCCUUGAAUUUACUUUUAAUGGCAACUUCAAAGUUUCUCAUGAAGAACUAGGACCAAACAUCCAGGUAAGCUGCUACCUUCUAGCUGAGGCCUUCCUGUCAAAGUGUCUGUCAGUCCUAGCAGAAGAACUCAGCUCGUCUGACUGCUUGUCGUACCUGAGUCUUGCUCAGGAGACUUGUUGUGCUGAGCUGAGGAUGACAGUCCUCACGGUCCUAAGUAGAAACUUGCUGGAGGUGCCACAUGUUAUCAGAUUUUUGAAUCAUGAGGACAAGAGAGAUGUCAUCAACCUGAGGACUUGCGGAGAGCCACAUCUGUGCAACCUCCGGAAAGAGAACCUGACUUCUUGGAGCGACCCAGAGACGGAAAGCGCUCGAUGCAUCUUUAGCCUGAAAGGGCCAGAGAGCAGGAAGGACUGGCAGAGAGUUACAGAGCUUCCUUUUAAGGCUGAUAAGUGGUGUUUUACCACAGUGGUGCUUUUUAACUACCUAUUUCUAAUAGGAGGCCACAGGCAACAGAAAAAGAGAGACUGGGAGUUCACUAAAGUUUCUUUUAGAUACAAUCCUUUAAAUCAUUCAUGGAUGUUCAUAUCACCCAUGAUAAAGCACAGAAGACAUUUCAGCGCGGUUGACUGUGAAGGCUGUAUUUACGCGGUGGGAGGCUGGUACCUGGACUCUCUGGUAACCCCAGACUCAAGCACAGCGCUUUACACAGCUGUAGAGUGCUAUGAUCCUUGGCAGGACUCCUGGCGGUUUGUUUCUUCAUUGCCAUUUACGGACUUCCGGUUCACCGUUUCCUUGUCCCACGAUGUUCCCCUUGCUACCAGCCUCAAGCAUUGCAUCUAUGUACUGGGCAGCAUUCAGAGAACUGGAGAGAAAUUGUUCCUUCAGUACAACACCAAGCAAGAUUUAUGGUGUGAGCUUCUUCCCACCCUUACCAGAGCAGAUGCAGAACUAUCCACGCUUUACUUUCUUGGUGCUACUGACAAGUUGGUGGUGGUUGGCGGGAAUAACUCUGGCAAUUUGGUGACAUCUUUUUGUGUGGAGUCUAAGAAGUGGGGACAGAUCCGCAGAGCAGACAAAGUGACGUAUGCUGGCCAGGGAACACUCAUAAACGAUCAGCUACUUAUGCCGAGUACGGAGCACAACACUGUAAUUCAGAUGGAUCUCCAAACUCUCACCAUCACACCUCUUCCACCUCUGCCUGUCUCCACUUGCUAUGAUGCUUCCUUUCACCUUUACUACCGGUACUGAUGAUACAGAACCAUGUCUUAUGCAGCAAAAUAUGUUUAGAAUGAAGUUUCCACUUUGUUUUUCAUCUUUUGGUGUGCUGCAAAAACAAUUCAUUUUAGAUCUCAGAACAUUUUUAUAGGAUCUUAUACCAUGGUCCGGGUGAAUACUCGAUUC